CCUCCUUACCAGAGAGAGGAGGAUCUCUCUCACUGAAAUUGCCAACACUGAAAUCGUUAAGAGUGGACAAGUUUGCAAAGUCAUUGGACCCUAAGCUCACUCGUAGUCCAAGGGAAGCCAUGCAGGAUGAAGACGGAUAUGUCACUUUAAAUAUUAAAGGUCGAAAACCGGCUCUCACCUCAGUUGACUCUGCUUCUUCACCUUUGUGGCGUGUGAUGUCUUUGAUUCUGCUGACAUUGUGCAUGGGGUUAGUUAUUGGGCUGGUGGCUUUGUGGAUGAUGUCUGCCACAGAGCGAAACUACCUACAAGUGGAGAACAAAAAUUUCUCAGACACUCUGCACCGGUUGGCACAGCAGUUCUGCCAGUAUUUAAUAAAACAAUCCGAACAAAAGAGCGGCGUCAGCCAUAAAUGCAGCCCAUGUGACCGAAACUGGAGAUACUACGGCGAUAGUUGCUAUGGAUUUUUCAGGCACAACUUGACGUGGGAAGAGAGUAAGCAGUUCUGUGUUAACAUGAACGCCACUUUGCUGAAGAUCACCAGCCAGAAAGUUCUGGAAUACAUGAAGUCUAGGACUGGAUUCAUUCGUUGGGUUGGAUUGUCCCGCAAGAACACUAAUGAGGUCUGGAGGUGGGAAGAUGGUUCAGUGCCCUCCAAAGAUGUGUUUGAGCUUUCUGGAAAUGGAGGAGACAAUAUGAAUUGUGCCUAUUUUUAUAAUGGGAAAAUUUACCCCACCUUCUGUAAUGACAAACAUUACUUAAUGUGUGAGAGGAAGGCAGGCCUGACAAAGGUGGACACACUCCUGUAAUGCAAAGAGAUGGGAAGGAUGUCACAGACAGGUGCUUGAUUGUACAGUGACAGAUCUGGAUGAAGGACUUCCUGGACAUAAAAUUGUUUAUUUUUUCCCUUCAUCCCCCUUGGAGUCAUCUUUACAUUAUCUUUUCUACCAACCCCGCUUCAUUCCUCCUUUAUCUAUCCCUUCAUACUAAGGGAUAACUUAGUCCCUUCUUUAUACAUCCGGAAGCCAGUCUGUGAGUUGAUCAUUUGUUCUCGGUUGUUCUGUUUCCAUGGGUUUUCUUUCUUCUUGUCUUCUCCUCAUAAUUAUGUCAACCCAGUAUGAUUCACUGCAUCUUCAGACGCAAACAAAAAAACACUUUAAAUUGGAAUGAGAACGGCUAGGCUUUCAUCAACCGAGGCUGUGCAAAAUAUCUACGUUUGAAAGACAACAUAAGGUAGUGGAAAGAAAACUGAACUUGGACUCCGUAGAACAAUGUAGAUGAUGACUUAACUAAAGUACAACCAUGGACCAAAUAGUAGUGUGGCCCCUUUAAUGUUCAUUUUCUCAUACUUCAAAUAGAAUAGCAUCCAUUAUCUCAAGCUCGCACAACCUCAGAAAAGGUCAGGGUACUAACUAGAUCAAUAACUCCAUGAAGGCAAACACCAUGACUUUCCUAUACGCCCAGCAUUAAGCACGGCUCCUUGUGGCUCACGGGAAGCAAAAAAAAUAGUCACUUGUCAUCGCGUGAAAAGCACCACAAUCUGUAAAACAUCACAGAAUUACAAUUUGGAUUCUGAGUCUGCUUUGGUCAGACUCAACCUCUGUAAUUUUCUGUGCAAGGAAAAUAAAAGUUUCUUUGCAAGAAGACUGAUGGGGUUUAAAAAUAAGAAAAUGCUUCCUUAACAAGGCCCGUAGGCACGUAGACAAAACAGCAAGUAAAAAUGUUUUAUCUCUUCCUGACAGUUCUAUGCUUGGUUUUUGCUGAAUAACUCCUGAAGUAUUUAUAGAUACAUGGGGAGGCACCCUUUCAUGGGAUAACAGGCAAACAUUGCAUUUCUUUCCCACAGCUUCCUUGAAGCCACUCUUUCUUCUCACAUUGGUGGUAAUAAAAUUUGUGAAUGGGAUUCUCAAACAUCUCAACUGAGAGGUUUGUUAAACCAUGCAGAUGUGCAAACACAAAUACUCAAGCUUCUCAGUUGGAAGGCUGAGAAGACGCUGAGUCCUGUGCUUUUAAGAAGCACUCCGGCUCGAUUCUGCUACAAGUAGUUUUUAAUACAUUGUGAUAAAAACUACAUUAGAACUUCCUCCCUGUGUGGCUUUUGGUAAGUUACUCUCAGUUUCCUCAUGUGUGAAAUGGUUUUAAUAUUAUUACUUUACUCACAGGUAAUGGGAUCAUCUGAUAUGAUAUAUACAACAUUGAGCAGAGUACCAAACAUGUAAUAAAUACUCAACAAAUAGGUAUUAUUUUAUACCUUUGUGGUCUAAUACCCAAAGACCCUUGGAUCUUUAUCUUGUCUUAGACAAUCGAUAAACAAGCAGAUUUUGGAGAGACAGGAAAAAUAACACAAAUACCUCAGGUUUCGCUUCUACUUCAAGUGUCUUGAAAUUAUGGUCUUGGGGGCAGAGUAUCAUUAUGUUACUGUUUUUAUUUGCUGAUUUAGAGAAAUGGAAUAGGAACUAAUAUUUGAGAAAAUCAUCUGGAAAUCAACCAUAUCUCUGGACUUUAGUGUUUUAUCACCCGCAAAUGGAAAAAAAAAAAAAAACACAUAUAUUUAUACAUCACUACGGCACAAGUAAAUUUCAAAGAAUAAUAUGAUAUCUUAGGUCCCGGAAAAAAUGCAAUUAAAAAAUGUAAACCAAUCAAA